AUGAAGAGACAAGAUCUUAGUACUACUAAUUAUUUCAGUGACUUCGUUCAGAAUAUUGCUGGUUAUUUUUGUCCUAAUUCAAGACCAACUCAAGGAAUUCAUCGCAUGGCAACUCUUCCACUUUCAUCUUCGUUGUCACAAGGAAUUUCUAGCAUUCCUAAACAAGAAACAUCGUUGUUAUUUGGUAUUGCUUUUGACCGUAGGUUGGAAAAAUUAAAAGAACAAUAUGCUGAACAACCUGUUGCACAAACCCAAAACAGUGAUAGUACAUUAAAAAGACAAGACGCUGGAAAUCUUUUAAGAGAAAAACCAGAAGAACAAUUUGAACGUCCAAAAGAAGUUACUAAACGAAAAGUAGAAGAAGUUAUAACAAAAACAGAAGAUAAAACAACAAAGAAGGUUGUUGAACGUAAGCCUGAUACUGACUCUGCAAGAAUUAGACAAACAAUUGCUAAGUUACGUGAAAUAAAUUUUGAAGAUAUUGUUCAAUGUUUAAAUGAUAGAAAAGAACGUUUAAUGAAUAAGGAUAGUGUUAAAGGAUUUAGUCAUCUUAAUUCAAAUACAAAUGACGAAAAAGUUCUUAAAGCAAGUAUUAGUUCAUUAUUGUUGAGUUCUUCUUCUGAGGAAGAAGAAUUAGUUCCAUUAGGAAAGAAAGAUAAAAAAGAAAAACAAGAAGAACAGAACGAAGAAAGAAAAAAAUUUAAAAGGUCAUCACUUAAAAGAACUGUUAAAGUAUCUUCUCCGAAAAAGAAAGUAGUAGAUUUAAAUAAUUCUUUAAGAUCUGUUAAUGAUAAAAGUCAAGGUAUUUUAUCUUUUGAUAUUAAAGACUCAAAUAAAAGCAUCAACGAACAACCACUUCAUUUAGAUUCAAGUACUAAAAAUUCUUCUCUUUCAUUUACUUUACCAUUAGACUCUAGUUUGUCUCAAAAGAAAACAGACCAAACAAAUCAAUUAAGUCUUAACUUUAAGACAGACAAACCAUCUAAUACUACAGAAGAAUCCAAAAGCCCUUCUUUUGAUAUAAAACCAAGUUCUUCAUUUUCAUUAUUUGGUGGUGCUAUUAAUGAUACUAAAAAGAGUGAUACUCAGCCAACAUUAGGUACAACCCUCUCAACUGAGAAAAAAAUAGAAACCAAUUUUUCUGGUUUAACAGAAAAGCCAUUAAGUUCACCUUUCUCUCUCAAUGGAUUUUCAUUUGGUAAUACUUCAACAGAGAAGCAACAAGACACAUUUACUGGUAAUGCUUUAUUAACUGAUAAACCAAAAAGUACAGAAUCAAAUACGGAAAAUCAAACUAUAAGUAUAGAUAAAACUCCAAGUACAACUACUGAACAACCAAGUACUAAUAUGUUUUCAAAUAUUGGUUUUUCAUUUAGUAUAUCAGACGAUAAACAAAAUUCUAACACUAAUGCCAUCAUCAAUGAAAAUAAUGAUAAACAAAAAACAACACAAAAUAAUUCUUUUGAAACAACAUCCAGUACUACAGAUAAAUCAGGAAGUAAUGUCUUUUCUAUUAAAGAAUUAUCAUUUGGAACUUCUAAUGAAAAAAGUACAACAAAUUUAUCAACACAACCAACAACUACAAAUACUGAUAAAUUAUCAAAUAAUCCAUUUUCUCUUGGUGAAUUUUCAUUUGGUUUAUCAAAUGAAAAACCUAAAUCUAAUUCAACACAAGACUCUUCAACAGAAAAAUUAAAAGAAUCAAAUACAAAUGUAGAGACACCAUUAGCUAAUCCAUUCUCUCUUAAUGGAUUUUCAUUUGGUACUUCAACUGACAAACAAAAAGAUACAUUAAUUAGUAACACUCCAUUAACUGAUCAAUCAAAAACUAUUACAUCAACUACUUCAGUGCCAAGUUCUGAUAAACCAAUAAAUACAAGUAAUGAUCAAUCAAAACCUAUUACAGUAAAUUCAGAUAAUAAUAAAACAGAUAAUUUUACAACUGCUCCAACUCUUGAACAACCAAAAACUAGUACCUCAACAACAAAAACAGAUUCUGAACAAUCAAAAACUAAUACCUUUGCUAAUACAGGAUUUUCAUUUAAUACUUCAAAUGAUAAAGCAAGCGUUGACCCAUUUGCAGCAUUCACUUCAUCAACUACAACAACUAACCAAUUAGGAAAUUCUUCAUUUGGUUUUGGUGUAAUUAAUGACAAUAAAUUACAAGAUAAAUCAUCAACAAACAAUAAUAAUUCAAUUGGUUCAACAGAAAAUUCUGCAAAGGAUUCUAACACAACAGUAGUACAAACAUCUAAGUUAUUUUCAGGACAAGAACAAAAUUCAGGUUUGAACGUUCCAAAUAGUCCAGGUUUAGAGUCUCAAAAACAAACUACAACAUCUGGAUUUGUUUUUGGGAAUUUUGGGUCAUCCAAUGUGAAUCCUUCAAAUGAAAAAAGUACUCCUUCUUUUGGUCAAGGUAGUUCAAGUAUAGCUGGAUUUUCAAAUACUCAAACAACACCUUCUUCAACGGCUCAAGGACCAUUAACUAAUCUCACUUUAGGAACUAAUCAAACAAACAAUACAAAUUUGGGAUUUUCAAACUUUUUUAACUCUAAUAAACCAACAGAAGGUAUGAAUGGUCAAUUACAAAAUACGUCUCAAAACAACACAAAUCCAUUUGGAAAUACAAACUUUGGAAAUCAAACAAUUAACUUUUCUGGAGGACAACAAAAUCAAAUAGGAUUUGGUCAAAUUGGUGGUUCAAAUUUAUCAGUCCAGGGAAAUACGUCCAAUGGGAAUCCCUUUAGUUCAUUUUCAAAUAGCCUUAGUCAAUUUGGAAAUACUAUUAAUUCGACUAGCAGUGCAUUUAAUGUGGAUGAUGUUAGUGGGUCUAAAAGCUUUUCAAAGAAGAGAUAA